ACUUACAAACGUAUUGCACGAGCAGAAUGCUCGCUGGUUUACUUCUAUAACACUGUCCAUCUUCGGAGUGCAAGAAAAUGCAGUUAAAGUUUAUGAAAACUAUCGUCGAAGCACAGGACCACCUGUACCGUGUGGCUGGUUUGUGCUGGUCAGCAAACAACCAGAAGCUAGCGGUAGCCACAGCCGACCGAGUCAUUCUACUGUUCGACGAAAAUGGCGAACGCCGGGAUAAGUUUUCCACCAAAGCGGCCGAUCCGAAUGCCAUGAAGAAUUCCUACGUAAUUCGUGGCAUCACGUUCAGUCCGGAUUCGAGUCGGCUGGCGGUAGCUCAGAGCGACAGUAUCGUGUACGUGUACAAGCUCGGCGAGCAGUGGAACGAGAAGAAGGUGAUUUGCAACAAAUUCCCGCAAGGUUCGGCCGUCACCUGUAUCUCCUGGCUUGUCGGUGGUUUAAUCGUGGCCGGCCUGGAGGAUGGCAAGGUCCGUUCUCUGUACUGCAAAAACAACAAAUCAAAAACACUGUACGGUACGGACAGUAUGGUGGUAACGCUGGCACAAAACACUAAAGGAACCGGUGUCCUGUCCGGCCACGAAGAUGGCUCAGUUGUGCGCUUUCUGUUGGUGGAAGAACCCGGUGAACCAACGGGACGAUUGUUGCAACAUCCGGUUGCUCCGGUAGCACUAGCCUGGCCGCAGGGCGGAAUCGUUGUGGCUGGAUGUGAUAAGAAGAUCUGCUUCUACGAUCUUCAGGGUCGUGCUAUGCGUACGUUCGAUUAUGGACGGGAUGAAGUGGAGCGGGAGUUUACCGUAGCCGCCGCCAGCCCGAAUGGACAAGCCGUUGCGGUGGGAAGUUUCGAUCGGCUACGCAUCUUCAGCUGGAGCCCACGACAGAAUGCCUGGACGGAGUCCCUGUGCAAGACGAUCCCUAACCUUUACAGCGUAACGGCGAUUUGCUGGCGAAAGGAUGGCUCACGGCUGGCCGUUGGAUCGUUGUGUGGAGCCGUGCUGGCAUACGAAUCGGUGCUGAGACGCACCAUCUGGCAGGACAAGUUUGAGCUAACGUUUGUGGCACCGAGUCAGGUGUUGUUGCGAUCGCUGCACGAACCGAUCACUACGAUGUUGGUUGAAUCGCAGCUGGGGCUCGAAAUCGACGACAUAAGGAUCAUGGGAAAGGAUAGCUAUCUGGUCGGCCGGACCGAGGAUUCACUGAUCUUGUGUGAUCUUACCCGCUCGCUGACGAGUGAAAUUCCUUGGAUAGCUACAGGCCGUCACGAACGGUUUUACUUCGAAAAUCCAACCGUCGCACUGAUCUUCAACGCGGGCGAACUGUCGCUUGUGGAGUACGGCGAGCACUACAUCCUAGGCUCGGUAAGGACGGAAUUCGUAAACCCGCACGUAAUCUCGGUACGGUUGAACGAGCGAGGCAACACGCGGAACAACAAAAAGCUGGCCUAUCUGCUCGACAUGAAGACGGUUUGCGUGGUGGAUCUGAUGCUCCAGUCGACGAUCGCACAGAUUUCCCACGAUUCCAAGAUCGAUUGGUUGGAGCUGAGCGAAACUGGGCACAAGCUGCUGUUUCGCGAUCGCAAGAUGCGUCUCGUGCUGGUUGAUGUGGGUACUGGGCAGAAGCAAACCUUGCUCGCGAAGGUCGCUUUCGUACAGUGGGUCCCUUCGAGUGAUGUGGCCGUUGCCCAGAGCGAUACCAAUCUGGCCGUUUGGUACAACAUUGAUCUGCCGGAACAUGUGACGAUGAUGCCGGUACGGGGCGACGUGGUGGACGUGCUGCGAGAGGACGGUCGAACGGAGAUCAUCACACGUGAGGCCGCAUCGGAGCACGUGUAUCCACUGGACGAAGGUUUGGUAGAGUUCGGCACCGCUGUGAAUGAUAGUGACUUCGGGCGUGCCAUAUUUUAUCUCGAAUCUCUUGGUGAUCGACCGGCGGCUAAAGCUAUGUGGCACAAUCUGGCCAACAUAGCACUGGCGCAGCAAAACUUGCGAGUUGCACAGCGUUGCUUUGCUGCGCUGGGGAAUGCCUCGAAAACGUUCUACAUAGGGGAGAUGAUCAAGAUUGCGGAACGGUACGAGGAAACAACGGGACCCGGCAUGACGUGCCCGGAGGUGCGUGCCAUGAUGGCUCUUCUUGGUGGGGAUUUAAGAACUGCGGAACGUAUCUACAUCGAGCAAGGCGAUAUUGAGGCUGCCCUGGCCAUGUACACCAAGCUGCGUCGCUGGGACGACGCCAUCAAACUGGCAGAACGUCGCGGAUACCAUGGGCUCGUUGAGCUAAAGGAAGCACAGAUGGAGUUUCUGCUGUCCACCAGCCAGGAGGAGAAAGCGGGCGAAGUGCUCGAGGAGCGUGGCGAAAAGGAUAAAGCCAUGACACUGUACAUGAAGGCCAACAAACCGGUCAAAGCGGCAAAGCUGGCACUGAAAACGCCUCAUUUACUUUCGAACGAGAAUCUUGUCACAAGAGUGUCUGCAUCGUUGAUCAAAGCAGAACUUUUUGAGCUCGCGGCAGAACUGGCGAACCGCACCGGACAACAGCAAACCGCCAUUGCCCUGUACCGGAAGGGUGGUGCCUACGCGAGAGCGAUCGAACUUGCCCGGUACGUUACGCCGGAUGAUGUCACCAGCCUGGAGGAAGAAUGGGGUGAUUGGUUGGUGGGUAAACGGCAGCUGGAUGCCUCCAUCAGUCACUACAUCGAGGCUGGCUGCACAGUGAAAGCACUGGAAGCGGCAGUCGGUGCUAAGCAGUGGCGCAAAGCGGUGCAAAUCGCGAAAGUCGUCGAUGAUGCGGAAGAAAUCCAAAAGUACGCGGUCGAGCUAGCUGAACAUCUGUGCCAGAUAGGAGACGUUAAGACGGCCGAAGAGCUGUUGGUGCGUGCCGAACUCUACCGUGAAGCGGUGCAGCUACUGAACAAGCAUGGCCAAUGGGAGAAAGCGUUCGACAUUGCGGACCGAUUCCUGCCCGGUGCGGACGUACGGGAGAUGUUUGUCGAGCUGGCGAAAGGGCUCGAGCAGGAAGGAAAGUAUAGGGAUGCGGAACGGGUCCUGCUUACGGUUAAUGAACCGGACCUAGCCAUCAACAUGUACAAAGAGCUGGAGCUGUACGACUCGAUGAUUCGGCUGGUGGAGCGCUAUCACAAGAGUCUCCUGGAACAGACGCACCUGAACCUGGGCCGUCAGCUAGAAUCGAAAGGACGGUUUAAGAAUGCUGAGGUCCAUUUCCUGGCGGCCGGUGAUUGGAAGGCUGCUGUCCACAUGUACUGUACAGCUAGCAAAUGGGAGGAAGCUCAUCGGGUGGCCAAGCAAAAAGGUGGUCAACCAGCUUCGGAACAGGUGGCGUUUAUGUGGGCCAAAUCACUUCCCAUCGAAGGAGCCGCUCGGUUGCUCACCAAGAUGAAUCUGCUCGAUAGCUGCAUAGCGUACGCCUGCGAGGCGGGCCAGUUUGAUGUUGCACUCGAACUGUGCAAGGUGAGCGGGCGUUCGGCUGAUGAUGUGCACCUUAAAAUUGCGAUGGCCCUGGAGGAUGAUGGCAAAUUUACCGAAGCGGAAGCUGAGUUUCUGCUGGCAAACAAACCUCGGGAAGCGAUCAUGAUGCACACGCACGGUGGUGACUGGAAGUCGGCUCUUCGUGUGGCGGAAAAGUAUCUCCCCGAAGCGGUGCACGAGGUGUUACUGAGUCAGGCAAACAGUGCGCUCGAAAGUCGCAACUAUCCGGAGUACGAAGCACUUAUGAUUCGUGCCGAUCGACCUGAUCUGAUUCUGGAGCACUACAAAGAAUACAACAUGGUGGCGGAUGCGUUGCGUAUCGCUAAGGAAUACGUGCCAGGGGCGGUGGCUGAGUUGCAGAAGCUGUACGCCCGCAUGAAUCGAGGCACUGGGGAAUCGACCGAUUCGCGAUAUCUUUUACAGAAAGCCUCAGAGCACGCCAGGAAUGAAGAGUUCCGUCGAGCGACCGAGUGUCUGCUGCAGAUAAACGAAGGAAAUGCGGAUGAACCGACGGUGGCACGGGCACUGCUACGUGCAGCUGAGAUAUGCAACCAAUUCCUCGAAGGGCCGGAAGCGAUGGAAAUAGCUCGCGAACUGGGACCACGUCUGAUCGACAUCAGUCAGGUAGGGCCGGCGGCUCAACUGUACCUAGCCGCGGAGCUUCCUCAGGAAGCGGUCGAUGUGUUUAUACGUACCGACAACUGGGCCAAGGCACGACGUCUUGCGAAAGAAAUUGAUCCACAGCUGGUGGUGUAUGUGGAGGCCCAACAGAAGGCACGCCUCCGGAAUCAAGGCAACGUGGAGCAGCUGGCCGAUAUCGAUAUGGUAGGUGCGCUUGAUCUACUCGCCGAACAGGGCCAAUGGAUGCGCUGCAUCGAGAAGGCCAAACAGCACAGUGUACCGGUGCUGCAGAAGUACAUGGCACAGUAUGCGGCCCAACUGAUCCGGGAUGGGGAUUGUGUGGCUGCGCUGAACCUUUAUCUCGAGCAUGGUGUUCCUCCGGUUAGCGCCAACUUUAACAUCUACAAUCGUAUCGCGUUAGAGUGUUUCGCGCUGCGCGAACCUGAUGCAGUUGCCGUGUGGAAGAACGUUCGUACCUUUCUGCUCAACCUAGUGCAAGCGUUGCGUGGCUCGGAUCAGGGCGAAGCAGAAGUUAUCGAUCGUUUCGAGCAGCUGCUAGUGAUCGCACACUACUACGCAACAAGGGCCGCUUGCCGUCAGGCUCCCGCUUUACAGUCAAUCGCUGUGAAGAUAUCCGUGGCACUGUUGCGCUACACGGAUUUGAUCCCGUGCGACAAGGGCUACUACGAGGCAGGCAUGGAUCUGCGUGGAUUGAGUCGUGAAUCGGAAGCGUUUGUUAUUCUCAACCACUAUCUGGAUGUAUGCGAGGCGAUUGAGGAAGGUUCGGGCAAUUUGGUUGACCAUUCGGACCUGUCGUCCACUGACUUCCCCAGCUCGGUACCGAUACCUGCCGAACUGCAUCUGAAGAAUGAGCUACAGCUGCACGAGGAGAUCCGUGAGUGGGUGCUCGCAGUCAGUAUGGAUCAGAAGGUUGAUCAAGCGCUGCCGACGGACGAUCGGAACCUGUACGAAGCUAGCCUUGGGUUGUCGGAUCAGCCGUGUCUGGUGAGCGGCUACCCGGUGAUGGGACGUCAGCCAGUUGUCUUUCAGCGUACGCAUCGGUUGGCUAAUCGGGAUGCAUGGAGCAAACUGACGGUUGCGGCGCGGAUGGCUCCCCAGACGGACAUUCCCGGUGUGAUCGAUUUCAUUGAAAAGUGGUGUGGACCGGCCAACUUUUUGUCGGGUUAGAGAGAGAGAGAGAGAGAUUCAUGCAGUUGAAGUCCUUUGUGCAAGGGUAUUGUUUAAGGGCAAUUUGAGUGCGCCUGCUAGUAUGCAAUUAACGUUUAAAGUCACCGAUUUACCCACAAUUAUCUAGCAAUCCUACUUUAGACACAUCAAUAUGUCGUGAAUUAUUAUAAAAUAGUAACAAACGUGCACGAAUAAAAUGUUGGACUAGAUUAAGGCAUUAUUGGUCCUAACUAAGUUUUGGAAGCGCCUAAAAGUAUGCAAUAGAUUUGAUUUUUUUGACAGAAAGGGUUGUUGCAUGUUGGUCUCAAUCACCAGUCUGUAACGGAAAACCAAAUCUUCUUGAGCUUGUUUGCUUAAUAAAUAACUCUUUAAUUAAUCGAAAAAAGAAGCAACU